AUGGUGGCCAGUGAAUUUCUGGGCUAUGUGCAGUCCUUUUCCGCCUGCACCUACGUGGGUGUGGAGGAUCUGGCGGACAGAGCCAACUUCCAGUGGAACGUCAUUGUCCUGCUUCUCUGCAUGCUGCUGGUCACUGUUAGGCAGUACUUCAUGGCGCCCCUAGUCUGCUACCUGCCAACCACUGUCAGCGGCGGCAACGCAGAGUCCUAUGUGACCAAUCUGUGCUGGGUGGAGGGCACCUUUCCGAUCAACCUCACCUCCGGUCAGGUGCCACACAGCGUCAAGCAGUGGGAUGAAAUGCGACCCAUGCAGAUGAUUUAG